AUGGACAUCAUAUUGGUCAGCAUGGACAGUUGUGCAUAUGGACUUUGUCUGAAAUUUCGCUUGGUCUAAUAAUGGUUGUGCUCCUUGACUUAGUAGAAUAUGAACUGAAAAAUAUCAUGUUGCAUGCAGCUCAAGAAAUAUUGCUUGUCACUCAUCACAGUAUACAAACGAUUAUAAUGCAUAACAUUUUUUUGUUUGUUGUUUCCAGUUUUAUGCCCCCCUCCCCCCCCCCCCCCCAAAAAAAAAAAAUAAAAAAUAAAAAUAAUAGGGUAGGUGGGUCGCAAAAUCUUUUUUUUAUAUUUUUUUUUAUUACGGAUAUUGUUUCUUGAGAUUUUUCUGUUACCAAAACUAUGAAUUAUAUGUUUAAGAACUUCUAUCCAAUCAGUAUAAGCAUCGCUGGUAUUGUUAAAAGCCAAAAACUCUUUAACUUCUGAAAGAAUAUAAUCAAAUAAAUGAUAAUACAUAACUCAAGGCAAUUAACGGGUUUAGGCUCAGGGCAAUAAAAAGGUUAAGGGUCGUGGCCAAAGAAAGGGAAGAUGAAAACGGAAACAAACAUUCUUAUUUUACGUACAUGCUCCUGUUGUUAAUUCCGUAUUCUGGCAGUUAACUAUUCCUGUGUCCGGGUGGCAUCAGGGGGUAUUACUAACUUCUGUGAAAGCUCUAGAUUUUAAUGUAGCAAAUGACUUAGCAGUAGCUUGCAGUUCAUUGAGGUAGUGUUUAUUGACUAGUCCAUCACGUUUUCAAAACACUUGUAAAAGUGUGCAAAAUAUCAAAAGGAGAGACCAUUUGUUCAUUAGAUACUCCAUUAAGUUUGAUUACACACAUCUCAAACCCUGGCAAAUAGAUGAAAUAAUGCUAAUGUAAUGAUUGCUGUCCACUUAAAGCAUGUGUGUUCUUUGCAAUUCCUAAUAGUUUCCAGAAAGACCAUUUGUUAACUUGACAGUAAUGAGUAUGACCCAUGCUGUUGAAAUAAUCUGUGAUUAAAAGAGUUAAAACAGAUGCAAUAACAGUUUUCGUUAUUAAACAUAAUUAAUAUUAGGAUUACCAGGGAGUUAUGCAUUAUGUUAUACAAGUGAUAAAGCAAAACUUAAUCGCUAUGUCUUGGAGUGUUUGAUUCUCAACGUGUAUGCCAUUGUAUGAAUUGUGUUGUAACUUUACAUUGUGAUUUAGUAUUGUUAUUACUUCGAAAAUGCAUACUUAAUCAAUAUGUAUGGCUUUGACUUCGAUUCUCAAGUGUAUGCCGUUCCUUGGAUUGUAUUAUAACUUUACAUUGUGGUUUUGUAAUGUUAUGAAUUCACAAGGCAUACUAAAUCAAUAUGUCUGGCAGAGGCUUCGAUUCUCAAGUGUAUGCCGUUCUAUGGAUUGUAUUAUAACUUUACAUUGUGGUUUUGUAAUGUUAUGACUUCACAAGGCAUACUAAAUUAAUAUGUCUGGCAGAGGCUUCGAUUCUCAAGUGUAUGCUGUUGUAUGGAUUGUAUUGUAUAUCGUGAUCAUGAUACCAACAAUCUUUGGAAACAUUUUGAUACUGACAAGUGUGCGAAGAUUUCGUGCACUGCGUUCUAAUAUGCACAUACUUAUUGCCAAUCUCGCUGUGUCGGACCUAAUCGUAGGUGCUGUGCUCGUGCCAUUAACGUUAGUGGGUUAUUUUACUGGUUUGAAAGAAAGGAACAAGUACUAUUGCCUUACGGACAUUGGCGUUUUUGUCAUCAGUUUGGGUUCAUCUUGUUAUAAUCUACUAUUGAUAUCUGUAGAGCGAUUUAUUGCCAUCAUGUUCCCAUUAAAAUCGAAGGUUAUUCUAACUAGGAAGAGACUGAUAGCGCUAAUUGUUUUUGGCUGGAUUGAUGUUACCAUUGUUGCGACUUUGCCACUUUUUGGAAUUACCAACUACAGUGAUGGAAGUCACUGUAGACUUAGAAAAACCUGGCCAAGGCUAUACCGCUCCAUGACAGACAGCCAAAUGCUUAUAAUAUUAGCACUGAACUGCAUCUGUUACACUGGUGUAGCUUGUGUCGCAUUGAAAAAAUCAAGGGUUUCAAUGCCAGCUACAGCUAAUAUGAAUACCAAUGUCAGAAAGGAUUUCAGCCAUGUUUUAACCAUGGUUAUUGUGCUUGGAUUAUUUAUCUUAUGUUGGCUUCCAUAUGUUCUAAUUGGCGGUAUUUUACUUUUUAAAAGCACGCCAAGAUUGGAGUUUGCGCAAAAUUGUUCCGUUGCCCUUGGUCUCUUAAAUUCUGCCAUGAACUGGAUGAUAUAUGGGUACAGAAAUAAAGAAUUCCACAGAGGUUUCAGAAGGAUUUUGAAGCUAAAGAAAAUACCUGUACCGCAAGGCCGAUCCCUUCGUUCGUACGAGGUUUCUGUGGUGAAUCGAAAUGGAAUGGGCAGAAUCUGAACUAGGGAAUUUAAUAAGAAUGCUAGUACUAUUUUAUUUAUUUUUUGAAUCAUUUGUGUUGUUUUCCAUAUCUCAUCCUUUUGUUUGUGAUUCGCUUAUCAAAAUAAACUAGGGGCGCCAAACGUGAUUCACAUGAAAGGUCUCAAUAAAUUAUUAUUAUAUGUAUAUACCAUGUUUGGAAGCAAUAUGUCAAUCUUAACUAAAGUUAUUCAGUACCAACCUUUUAUAGUAACAGUUAAAUUGACCUAGACACUAGAGGCCCCAAAUGAAAUUACCAUGCUAGGUCUCUAUAAACUCUGCCUAUAUAUCAAGUUUGGUCUAAAUAUAUCAACCCUAACUAAAGUUAUUCAGUACUGACCGCUUUCUCUUUUUAGUAGCAGUGACCUUGACCCUAGGGACCCAAACGCAAUCCCAUGAAAGGUCUCCAUUAACUAUUCCUUUCAAACCAAGUUUGGUCGCAAUUUGUUACCCACAGCUAUAGUUAUUCAGCUUCAAUCUUUUUUUUUCUAUUUUAAAUUUUUAGUUAACAGUGACUUUGGUCCUAGGAGCUUAGUUGCGGGGUUUUUUGCACAUAUACAUGUAUAUUGAUGUAAUCUUAUAUUAUUAUUAAAUGCAUAAUAGAAUAUUUUUUGUAAUCGAUUGUUCAAAGAUCAAAUAGUAUUAUCCAAGUUUGGAGUGUACUCAUUGGUGGCUUUAUUUAACCAUUGAGCCUCAUUCAGCGAAAAAUUGGUCUUGUUGAAACACCAAAUUAAGUCACUAAAAUAAUGUCAAAAUAUUGUCAAUUUCAGUCACCUUUUUGCAUUCAUAUUAUUGUUCUUUAAGUUUUAAUUCACCUCUUCAACCGCGGUCAUAUUUUAACUGGUGGAAUUACCUGAUUUGCUGAAGUGCCUAGUAGGCACUAAGUAUUGUGGGGUAUAAUAAUAAUAAUAAUAAUAAUAAUAAUAAUAAUAAUAAUAAUAAUAAUAAUUGUGUAAUAAGCAUAACCUUAGUUGAUUUUAAAUAUUCAAUAGAUUUAGUGUUGAAAAUAAAUAAUAACAUGUGUAACCUUACCCAAAUGCUUUUAAUUCUCCUAUCUAAUAAUUUGACAAGUAUUUGUCUUUCAUUUUCUGUAAACAUGUCAAAAAGUAUCAUUCUGUCCAUAAUGCACAAAGUUCAAUGUUGUUAUUAAUUGGUUUACCAAUGGGUUUGCUUUAAGCGUUUUGAAAAUGUGAGCUGGCUAGUAUAGAGACAUUCAGGCCAUCACUAAGAACGUAAUUCAUUAUAUUUGCUUUAUUUUUUAAAACAAAUCAGCAGACAAGCUGUCCCUGGAUUAUUCUGAUUCAAUGGUUAAGUAAAGAAAAAAUAAACAUUAAUUCUAUUACCGGUACAUUGUAUUAUCUUGGAUAAAAUAGUGAUGACUGCUUUGAAUUCUUAAGGUGUAUUCAGAGUAUCAGGUAUACUUGUAAAGUUGUAAUCAUUUUGUAUACAAUUAUGUACAUGUAUUAAUAACCUAAAACACUGAAAACUGGUAAAAGACCUUUUAUAAAUUGUCGAUUAAGAUUCAUAUAUCGUUAUCCUGACACAAGAAUAUACUUGAUUGUAAGCUAUGUUAUUGCUGGAUUUAGUUGAUAUUCCUAAAGCUUGUUGAACUGCAGUUUUUUUGGCUAGUGUACACAUAAAUGCAAUUUGAGUGGUCAAGAGUAAUAACUGGAUAAAUAUUGAUCAAUAAAAAAACAUUUUGGACAAUAGACAAGUUUAUAAAACCAAAGAACUUAACCAAUUUUAUAUAAUUGCUUGCUGAUCAUUAUUGUUAUCCAUUAGAGGUUGUGAAAAAUGGUUGUUAUAUAUUCCUGAAAAUGCUACUGUUUUUCUUGGAACAAAUUAUUAUUGGUUAGCAGUCAAGCCGGCAAGGCAACGCAGUAUGUGUGAAUUCCGUAAAAAACUGUUAUUCAACUGCAAAGCACUAUGCGUGAACUCCGUAAUAACUUUCAUUCAACUGCAACGCUUUAUGCGUGAACUCCUUAGUAACUGUUAUUCAACUGCAACUCAGUAUGCGUGAACUCCGUAAUAACUGUUAUUCAACUGCAACGCAUUAUGCGUGAACUCCUAAGUAACUGUUAUUCAACUGCAACUCAUUAUGCGUGAACUCCUUAGUAACUGUUAUUCAACUGCAACGCAUUAUGCGUGAACUCCGUAAUAACUGUUUGUCAACUGCAACUCACUAUGCGUGAAGUCCAUAAUAACUUUUAUUCUUGAUUUACUUGUGCUA